AGUUCAACCCGGCUCCUCUCUCUCUCCCUUUAAAACGCCACCACCACCUCCACCACCACCAUCACCACCUUACACAAUGAAGGACAAAAGGUGGUAGAUGUAUAAACCACCACCUCCUUAAGUCCCUUUGCUCACAACCCUCACCAUCUUCUGCUUCUAAACCCUCCAUCUCCUCCUGAUUUCCUGAGAUUUUUCUGAUUUACCCCACCUUUUACGCUUCCACCUUGGUCUUCUCUGUUUCUCAGAGUUGGGUCUGUUUUAUCUUUGUCGCUUACCAUUAGAGGUGGUUGGUUGGUGGGGUUGACUCGUAAUUUGAAGGGGAUUGGGAAUUCUUUCGUAUGAUGGGUUUGUUUUAUGAUUCAGUGUGGAGGCAUUGAUUCUUGAGAUCAUCAACUGAACCAUUGUCAGCAGAACCAACCAUGGUUAGCAUAAGAAGGCGCAGACUCCUUGGAUUUUCUACUGGGAUAUGUCCUUUUAUGGUUGAGCUUCCUAAGUAUAGUGACAACGGAAAUGAUUCUGAAAAUGCUAUCCAGAAUACUGGAACGGUUGACGUACAUCAAAUGCCUUCAGAGGAUGUCAACCAGCCAAAGGAGAUAAAUGUAUCUGUUUCUAGCUCAUCAAAAGAAGAUCAACAUCAACAAUUUUCAGGGCAAGCAAUCAAACGCAGAAAGCGACACCGGAGGAGAAAGCAUUUGGAAAAUCAAGAGCCAUGCAUGAUGAGAGGUGUAUAUUUCAAAAAUAUGAAAUGGCAGGCAGCAAUAAAAGUUGACAAGAAGCAAAUCCACUUGGGAACUGUUGGGUCACAAGAGGAAGCUGCACGUUUAUAUGACCGGGCGGCUUUUAUGUGCGGGAGAGAACCCAACUUUGAGCUCCCAGAGGAAGAGAAGCAAGAGCUAAGGCAAUUCAAUUGGGAUGAGUUCUUGAGUUAUACUCGCAGUGCAAUUACUAGUAAAAAACACCAGAGAAGGGUUGGUCCAGUGCCUGUGAAGAAGUCUGAAAUUCCAGUGAAGAACGAAGAUUCAGAUGGUGAGCGAGGAGCUGAGGGGUUUUCGGCUUCCGAGGAUAUGGAGCAAGACCCAUCAGUGUCUUGAUUAUGGUAAUGUUAGGGGAGCACAUCAGCACAUAGAAGGUUCCAUAAACCCGGCUUUAGCAAUCAGGUUUUAGUCAUUUGGCCUCCUUAUUUUUUGUAUAUAAAGGCCCCUAUUAGGGCAGUUUAUAGUUGACUUUAUAUCUUUCAGCAGAUCUUGAUACCUUAAUUGAAAUAAACAAUUAUGAUUUCUUGCA